AUCUGCAUAAAGAAAAUGGUCCAAUAUGUCCUGGAAAGUGUCAGUGAGGUAGAACGAAUAGCCACUGAAGACAGUACAACUUCUCAGCUUAAUAGAAGUCACAUGAUAAGGAAGAGGCUACAUGAGAAAAUACCAGACACCUCACCACUGUUCUCCCAGAUGAAUUUUCACCAAGACAAAGGGUCCAGAUUAAUGAAUUAUAGUCGAUCAACAGAAGAUUACAGACAACUCUCUGUGGACUACAGUGACACUAACAGCAUUUCAGAAAGUACAUCUUUGAUACUGUCUAACCGAGGACACAGAAGAGGGAGAGUUACACAGACACACAGGUCAUGGGACCCCACCCUUAGUGGAUCAAGGACACAAAGCAGCUACAAGCUCUUCAUAAACAGGUCAGUCAGUGCUGUAGAAGAAAUCCCUGGUGGAGCUCAUAGGAACAGCAGACACAACUUGCUGAGUUUAGGCUCCACCUUCUCUGUGUCUACAAAGGACUACACAGCAGCUGCUACAUCACAGAAAUGUUUGUUCCAAAGGAAGGAAAAGUUCUCAGGUCCAGAAUUCAUUAUUUUGUCAAGUGAACCACCAGUGACUUUACAGCUGCCCGGAUCAAUUGUGACUAAGAAAGGAAAAUCCUACUUGUCCCAGAGGGAUCUCAAUGUGAUUCUACUCAAUGGUCAGUGCCUUGAGGUGCAAUGUGACAUCAAGUCCAAGGCAAGAGAUGUUUUCAAUACUGUGGUGGCAUAUGCGAGCUUGGUGGAACAUUCCUACUUCGGUUUGGCUUACCUGAAAGGUAAGGAGUUUUUCUUUUUGGAUGAUGAGACCAAGCUCUACAAAGUGGCCCCAGAUGGCUGGAAUGACCAACCAAAGAAGAAAACCUCCAUCAUCAACUUCACACUCUUCCUAAGAAUAAAAUUCUUCGUCAGCCACUUCAGUGUUAUCCAGCACAGCUUGACGAGACACCAGUUUUACCUGCAGCUUCGUAAAGAUAUUUUGGAGGAGCGGUUAUAUUGCAAUGAUGAGACUGCCCUGAAACUUGGCGCUUUGGCUUUACAGGCAGAGCUUGGCAAUUAUGCUUCUGAGGUACAUGGAAAGAGUUAUUUUCGUGUUGAAGACUACAUUCCAGCAAGCCGAAUAGAGAAAAUGACCCUGGCACAUGUACAGAGAGAGCUUGCUAAAUUACAUCGCAUGAAUCGCUCCCUAUUUGAGGAUGAAGCUGAACUAGAAUUUUUAAAGGUAACUCAGCAGCUUCCUGAAUAUGGAGUACUAUUUUAUCGUGUGUCCCAAGAGAAGAAAGGAACAGGAGGGGACAUUAUCUUGGGAAUCUGUGCCAAAGGCAUCAUUGUAUAUGAGGUCAAAAAUCACACAAGAAUUGCCAGUUUAAGAUUCCAGUGGCGGGAAACAGAGAGAAUUUCAGCUCAUAGAAAGAAAUUCAUGAUUGAAAGUAGCUUCAGUGGCAAGAAACACACGUUCAUUACUGAUACAGCAAAGACAUGCAAAUAUCUACUGGACCUCUGCUCAGCCCAACACAAAUUCAAUGCACAAAUGAAUUCCAGGCAACUUCGUCAAACUUCAUCAGAGGAAAGUAAAUUUAUGGAAAUAGACAAAUCAAAUUCUGCAUAUGCAGCUCAGCAUGAACACCUUGCACUGAUUCAGAGACUAUCUCGUUCAGAAAAUGUGCUGUACGGGACAAACGUGGAAAACCUUUCUGCUGAGAUGAUGAGCAAGUCCUGUGACAACCUCAGUGUGGAAACUAACAGCAGGACAAGAGACAGAAGCAAUCUGGGCAGAUCCUCAUCAGGGCUAUCCCAGUCGGAAAUGCACAUCAACUUGAAUGGAAAGCAAAGGAGUUAUGACUACCUCUCUAUUCAUUCAACUCAGAACACAAUCAGUGCCCCUGGAUCACCAGCUGUCCAAAAAGAAGUUUUACUAAGUGGUCUAGAAAGAGAAAUAAUUUGUGUCAGCCUAAAACGUGACCCUAAAAAUGGUUUUGGUUUUGUAAUUAUUGGAGGAGAAAAUGUAGGAAAAUUAGACCUCGGUAUCUUUAUUGCUUCAAUUAUCCCUGGAGGACCUGCAGACAGAGCUGGAAAUAUCAAACCAGGGGGACGACUCAUCUCUGUGAAUAAUCUUAGUCUUGAGGGUGUUUCGUUCAAUACUGCAGUUAAAAUUAUACAAAAUUCUCCUGAUGAAGUUGAGCUGAUCAUCUCUCAACCCAAAGACAUAUACGAAGAAGGAUUAAAUGAAGAGAAGAGUAUAUCAAGGGGAAACAGCACUAGUGGUUCUGAGAUCUCUUGUGUAGAGAGUGGAAGAAAAAAGAUUCAAGACUGUUGUGCAGCUGUCCCCAAAGAACAGGCCGUAAAUAUAGAUGAACUUGAGAAGGCUCUUUCUUGGAGUUUAGCACCAAAAUUGGGCCCCAAGAUCCCAGUCCUUUCAGCAGAUAGCCUGGAUGUGGAGGAGGCUGAUUCAUCACACUUACAACCUCCAGCUGAAACCAACUCAAAUGAAACGUACACUGUGGAGCUUGUUAAAGAAGAUGGGACUUUUGGAAUCAGUGUGACUGGUGGAAUUAACACUAGCGUGCCUCAUGGUGGAAUAUACGUGAAGUCAAUUAUUCCCAGGGGACCGGCAGAUAAGGAUGGACAAAUAAAGAUAGGUGAUCGUCUGCUGGAAGUAGAUGGAAUCAGCCUCUGUGGCCUCACACACAAGCAGGCUGUGGAAAACCUUAAGAAAUCUGGACAGGUUGCCAAGCUGGUUCUAGAAAGGGGACACCAUCAAGAAGCAGAGCCAUGCCUGAGUACUAACGACAGGAAAAAGGACCAAUGUGCAGUGGUUUCUGUGGCAACAUCCUUCACAGAUGGCAGCAAGGAUUACUGCUUUUUGACAGAUGAGAAUACUUUUGAAGUCAAAUUGACAAAGAAUUCUGGAGGCCUUGGCUUUAGUGUUCUUCAGAUGGAAGAAGAAGUCUAUGAAUAUUUUGGAGGAGCUAUUGUCAGAAUCAAAAGGCUGUUUCCAGGGCAGCCAGCUGAAGAGAAUGGAGAAAUUGAAGUUGGAGACAUCAUUUUGGCUGUGAAUGGGAAAUCUCUUCAAGGACUCUUGUAUCAGGAUGUCCUGCACCUGUUGAGAGGAGCUCCUUCAGAAGUCACGCUACUUCUCUGCAGACCACCAAAAGGUGUUCUUCCAGAAAUUGAGCAGACUGCCCUGACUCCAGCACCAUCUCCAGUUAAGGCAUUUAUGGCAGAGAUGCCAGGCAGUCCAGAGGCAGGAAAUAGUUUGGACCCAUCUACCAGUGAUGGAGGUAGCACCUCUCAAGACCUCGAAGACUGUUUGGAUUCUCCAUUGGCAGCAGAUUUCGGUGAACCUCCUGAUGAGGAGAGCUCAACCUAUGAAGAGCAGGAAACGGAGUCUCAAGAGAAUCCCACCCAGAGACUUAUGCCUCCCAGGGAAAGUUCCUAUAAGGAUCUUUGGGAGUUUCAUCAAGAAGCUGCCAGUUCUGAAGAGUUUCACUCUCUAGAGGAAGAAGUGAAGCAGAACUGCUACUCGCCUUGUGAGCUAGAAUGUGCUGAAAACUCAACAUCUGUGACCUCAUUUUCAAGAGGAGGAAGCUCAGAGACUGUCUCCACAAACUUGGUGACCCCACAACCACGUGUCUGUGGCCCUUUCUCAUCAUCCCUGACUGCUAGAGACACGCAGAACAGUGACAAUGAAUGGGAAGAUAUGGAGGAAGAGAAGGAGGAAAAAGAGGAUUGCACUAGGGAAAUGGAGGUCUUUGUGACUUUGACAAGGUUAGAGAACAAUGGUUAUGGAUUCUCAGUGGUUCUUAACAAAGUGGACAACUGUCUUUAUGUUGAUGAAAUCUUGCAUGAGCCUGCCCUGUCAGAUGGAAGGCUAAGAAGGGGAGACAGAAUCGUUAUGGUGAAUGGAAUUGAUGUCACAUCUUUACAAUGCAAUGAAGCCCUGAGUUUGCUGCAGAGCUCUCCUCCUGAUCUGCACCUUGUGGUUGGUCGUGCUGGCAGCGAUCCACGUCCUUCUAUUAGGCCAGAUGACAUUCCUGAAAUCACUCUCACAAAAGGUGCCAACGGACAGCUAGGCUUGAAGCUGACAGGAGGAGCUGGAAGCAAGCUACAAGGUAUUUAUGUUCUAGACAUAGUGCCUGGCUCUCCUGCCAGUGUGGAAGGCAGUCUGCAGCCACGAGAUCAAAUUCUGUACAUCUGUGGGCUGUGGACUGAGGGCAUCAGCCUGGAUGAUGCAGUAAGAGUGUGCGAAGCUGCCACCCAGAAUGUCCAAAUCAAAGCAACCAGAAAUGGCAAUCCUGUGGUCCCUAUAGAGCAAGAAAAUAGGCUGCCUGCUGAGACAGAGAAAGACGAUACUUGUCUCUCAAAUGAAAACCUGAAUUCCCAAGAGCAGCAUCUACUAAGCCAACACGAGAAACAUUUGAAGGAAACAAAUUGUGAAGCUCAGCAAAGCACUCCCAGUUCUCCAGAAUGUAAGGACUUCAUUAUUAAGAUAGAAUUGGAAAAAGCAGAAAAUGGAAGCCUAGGAUUUGCGCUGGUUGGCGGCAGAAAUGGCAGGGCUAUCCUAAUAAAAGCCAUCAGCCCAAACAGUAUUGCAGAUCUAGAUGGGAGGCUUCAAGUUGGUGACAUCUUACUUAAGGUAAAUGAGACUUUAGUAUCUGGUCUACCACGCCAAUCAGUUAUAGAUUUGCUGCGCAAGGCUCAAGGCACUGUUCAGCUCACUGUCUGCCGAAGCGUAGCUUCACGUUGGGCUUACUCAAGCAACCAGAGAAACAGCAUACCUUCCCCUCCAAACACAAACACAGAGCCUGAUGACCACAGCAUUGAGAGAAGCCUAGAAGCUCAAUCUGUUUUCACUUUGAAGGAAGAAUCCAACUGGAUGUGCAGCAAGGGUCCAAAAAGUACACACUGUUCCCCUCUGCAAGGUCAGAUGAUUGGACAAGAUUAUCAGGGUAUCAUCAGUAACACUUCAGACGUAUCACAGAAAUACGCAGGAUAUGAAGGCUGCAGAAGAGAAAGUCAACAGUCUGAGUCAGAUAGCUGGAACAAUGAAGAUGAUGAUAUGUUCCACAGGACUUCCAUUCUACCUAGAAGCAGAACCUUUGCUUCUGAAGAUGAACUGACUCAUUUAAUUAACUUUAAAUCCUCACCAACCAGAGUACGUCCAAGGACUGGCAUCAGACAUUUUAUUCAGGGCCUUAAGUCACGGAUUGAAAAUCAAGAGGUCUUGAAAGAGUUUAUGGCUUUGGAACAUGUGAAGCCAGUGGAUGACUGCAGAACUGGCAAAGCACCAGAAAACCGGGAUAAAAACAGAUAUCAAGAUAUUCUUCCAUAUGAUAAGACACGAGUUCUCCUGGGAGAAAACAAUGGCUACAUUAACGCAAGUUAUAUCAGAAUGAAAGUUGGAGAAGAGGAACACUUCUACAUUAUAACUCAAGGGCCUCUGCCUUCUACUAUGGCUGACUUCUGGCAGAUGGUUUGGGAGAGUGAAUCAGAUCUGAUUGCCAUGAUGACAAAAGAAGUUGAGCUAGGAAAAGUGAAAAGUCAUCGAUACUGGCCUGAACCUCCACAUGACUCCAUAGAUCUGGCUAAUUUUCAUCUCAGGCUGGACAGUUACCAGAUUCUGGAAUACUUCAUAAUUAGAAUAAUAGAAAUGAUCAACAAGCAGACAGAUGAGAGGCGAAUUGUAAGUCAUUUGCAGUUUACCACUUGGCCAGACCACAGUAGUGCCAAACUGUCUGAGCAGCUUGUAAAAUUUAUUUGUUAUAUGAGGAAAGCUCACAGGAGAGGACCUGUUGUUGCUCAUUGCAGUGCUGGGAUAGGAAGAAGUGGAGUUUUGCUUUGUGUUGAAAUUCUUCUGAGCUAUAUAGAAAAAGAUCUCUAUUUCAACAUCAAGCACAUAGUGAGAGAUUUGAGAGAACAGCGGUUUGGCAUGAUCCAAAGUAAGGAUCAGUAUUUAUUCUGUUAUGAAUUUGUGCUGCAAGUCCUUCAGAACCUUCAAGCUGCGGAUUCUUAUUGACUGCAACGUGACUCUCCUCUGUAAUUAUCCUCCUCAGACUGCAGGGACCACUCAGCUAUUGCUUUAAAGGAAUGUGAAGUGUUAUAUUACAUGUUCUAAUAGAUCACUCUGAUUCCUAAAAUGUUUAAAAACCUUGCUUAAAAUGCCCUGGGUAAGUCAUUCAAAUCUCGGCUCACAGUUUGGAGAAGGAGCCAGCCGGAACUGCAGCACUGCUGUUAAAUUGUCAUGGACAGCUUGCAUGUUCUAUGUAAUAACAUAUUAACUGCUAGGAAAAUAUUUUUGAACUGUGAGAAGGAAGUAGCAACCUUCAGAAUUAGCUGUCCACAGGGCAACUAAAAAAUUUAAGGCUCUGUGUGUUUUCGUGGAAGAUUUGUUGUCUCCUCCAUACAGCAUUCUUGGCUUCUGGGCUGCAAAUCAGUAUUUGCAUAGUAGAUAUGUUUUUGUAUGGAAGGAUUCAAUUUGUUUGCCUUUUAUUGCUUGAACAGUGUAGAACCAUUUCCAGUCAUUACGCCAGCACAGGAAUUUAUACCACUGUCACUAGACAUCUUAAAGCAAGAGAUAGGCAGAAACUUAGGAUGCCUUUAAACCUUAGCUAUUUAUCUUAAAAGCAAGAAGAGAGUUCUAAUUAUUGGAUGGCAUAUUCUUAUUUUCUAGCAAUAUGAACAGCUGUAGGUAGAGUCAGAAUUCUUCCAUUCUACAUCCACGUAAAAAGGAUGCAAUAUUAAAUCAGACUGUGUGUGUAUUGUGGUACACAUACACAUUUCAUCUUCCACUGAUGCUUUCUAUUGAUCUUUCACUCCACUGAAUUAUCUUGUCAUUCUUAACUAGAAUCUGAAUACAUUUACGGGAAGACCCAUUGGUUUCAGUAAGAGUUGAACCGUUCUUUAAAUAAGAGUAAAUAAUUCUCUGUACAGUUCAUUUCUCUUGUAAAAACUGGUUUUGUUAUUGAGAGUUUGGACUGGAGCAAAAGCACAGUGUUCAGGUUUGUAAGAUUGUAGCUGUCUCUACAAUAAUAAUUCUGUUCCAGUUAUCUACGUGGUGGUAUAUAUUGAAGUGGUGUUACUAGAUAUGUAUUGGGAGAGUAGCUUCAAAACAUAGGAAAUGAUAACAGCAUUUAUUUAACUGAACUGUACAUAUUUUUAAAAAUUCCUUGAUUUCAGAAAAUGUUAAGAGGCAUUUGAAUAUAAAACUGAGUAGAAAUAAGACAAUAAAAUAGCUGUUUACUGUCAUUAUGAAAGAGGCUUAUGGCUCACAAAGAAUGAGGAAUUAAAUACAAAUUAAAAGCAUGACUUUU